GGUCAAAACCAGUUCACUCGCCAGUCGGCUCGCGCGCUUCGAUGUAGUUGUACGCUUUUGUUGAUAAAUUUAUAAACAAUAUCCCGCGCAAAUUACUUACGCCCUAUAUUCAAUAAGUGGUGCAUCGACUUUUUUUCUGUGUUCCGUAGUUUCGGAGUGCUUUUGUGAACGUGUUCAUACCUAUAUUUGAAUUGUCAAUUCCGGAUGCAAGAGACAGAGGGUAAUCUAUAAUCACGAAAUGGGUCGGACCUACUAAAACGACUGCUACAUAGCAAAAUGAUAUAAAUAUGGAAUCACCAGUCAGAAUAUGUUUAGGUGCAGCAUUAGUAGUAAACCUACUACUAAUAACCAGCACAUUCGUUACAGCUAAUACGUUGCCGAACGAAUCUAAUUCUAGUACAGUAGUAAGGAACGAGAGAAACCUCAAGUAUGGUAGAGUUAACAGCACCGGGUGGGUUGCGAGAAAUAAGUCUAAAUUACCUGACGUAGCAUUAAACGAAUUGCAUCCUAAAGAUUCAACAAGUGAAGAACAUACAGAGAAAAAUGCUAAAUACAAGGAUAGAGGAAGGGUUAAAUUUAAUUUACAAUCUAAAUCUACGACACAGAGCACUUUGAAAAGAGCUGCAACUUUUACGCAAGCACCUGAUUUUAUUAUAGUAACACCAACCGCAGAAGUAAAAAAACCUGCACAGAUUAUAAGCAGCAUGCAAACUUAUAAGAAAACAAAGAUGCCGGCAGUUACAGUUCUUAGCACUACCGAAUCUGCAGCACUUAAAUCAGAAACACAAAGUGAGGAAGAAUUUUCUGAAGAAGAAGAAGACGACGAUGAUAAAGAAUCUUACGAAAAGUAUACGUCAGCUAAAUUUGACGAAAGUAGUUUUUUUACUUUUCCUACUUUUGACGAUGAUGAUUUUAGUACUAAAAAACAAAAGUAUGUAUCAGAUAAAAUGCCAAAGAAUGAUUACAGUACUCCAUCAUUCGAAACAUUCUCUUAUUUUCCAAAAAAUGUUUAUAGCACGAAAGAGGAAUCAUAUAAAUCUUCAGAUUCAUUUUUCAAUUUCGAUUCCGAUCUUACUACUCCUAAAAACGAUUUCUUUGACAAAAAGUAUCAGGAAGUAUCAUCGAGUAUUUUAAAUCACUUAGAUACAAUCAAAUCUAAAUCACCUCCGCCAAAUAUUACGAAUGUUCACAAAAUUGUUGAACAAAAUGUAGAUUUUGAGAAAUUAAGUAACAAUACUCCUUCUAAUAAAUCAACUGUUUUUAUAAAGAAUACCAAAGAAAUUCGAUUCCUAGAUAACGAUAAAGCUGGUUCUAAUAACAAAGGUUUAUCCGACGUACAUGGUACAAGUAUAUAUUAUGAAAUGACCGUUCUAUCUACUGAAACAUAUAAUAUUAAGGAAACGAAUGAUGACGACUGUGAUAAUGACAGUCAAACUUCAUCAACAGUAAGUACACCUAUCAAAGAAGAGAUAAAAUCGAUUAAUGCUAAACUUCCGAAAUUGGUUGAAACUUCAACUAGACGGAGUUUUUCGGAUUCGGAACCAAGUGCUGUAUCUUUAUCUGAGAUGACGAUGAACCUAAUGCCUAGUGCUACAGCUCAAUCGAUUCUCAGUUCGUUAGGACCCAUUCCAAUUUCAACACAAAAUAUUGUAUCAUCCACUGAAACAUCUAGAAUAUUUUCCAGUAGUUAUAAUAGAAACAGAAACUUUCCGAAACGACUUAAUUUGUCUGGUACCAAAGAUUCUCCAAAUAGUGUGUUUCCCACUUUCCAAACAGAACAGGCACCUGUGAAUUUAGCUUAUAAGCCACAAACAAGAAGGUUCCAUUACACAACACCAAAAACAAAGCCAAUAUGGUUGGCUCCAAGAAAGAAUUCUUCUAGAAUUGCCUAUCCAAGAGUUCCAACUACUAUAUAUUCAGAACAUUUUGAUAUAAAAGAUAAAAUGUUAAGUACGCAUCAACCAAAAUUGUCAACACGAACAAUUUUAACAACGCAGUCAUCGGAAAUUGAUCCCGUUUUACAAAGUGAUGUAAGCAGUGUUAAAAAAAUAGUUCACACUCAAUCCAUAUCUGACAAUAGUAUACCAUCCUUGUGGAAAAGAGGUUCAACUAAAUUUUCAACAUCGACUUCUACAUCUGCAGAAGGCUCUAGUGGUAUUAGUGAUAUGGAAAUACCUCCUACGCUAACUGCGUGGGCCUUAGCUAGUAUGCGCAGUCCUCCAUCGUUGUCAAAUAGUGUGGUAAAUGCUACUGGAUCGACACAAAAAAGUGUCGAUGAAAAUGAACUGCAAAAGGUCGGAGAAAUAUUAGACAAGAAAGAAACGACCACAAGCUCGACAACGACUACUCCUGUGAAUGUACACCAUGACUUUUUAUCGAAAAAUAUAACGGAAAUAUAUCAAAAUAAAUUACCCUGGAAACCAGUAUUACCUCCGAAAUCCAAUUUUGUGGGAGAUGCGAGUGAAAAUGCUGCUGAAACCAUAUCGGAAAGAGUACCUGCUGAAAGUAAUAUAUCUAUUCAAAGUCGUCCCGAGCCUGUUAGUACAGAACCAGUGAAAAAGGAAUCAGCGAUAACUGAUACCAUUAAUGAAAACAUAGAAAAUAAAACUUCGUGGAUUCCAGUAACUUAUAGAGAUCAAACGAAAAGUGACAAAACAAACGUAGAAGAAUAUUUGAACACUGAUAAAAUUCCUCCAGUUGACGCAACAAAGUCAACUGGUUUUGAAUCUAUUACGAAGUUACCUGCGGAUGUAACGACUCCUAAAGACGAAACAGCGGCUUCUUCAGAAAUGAAGAAUAUAACGCAAGAGUCAAAUAAUAUACCUAUGAGAACUGACUACGAAAUAACCACAAGAAGAUUUUCUUAUGUGCCUACGGAAGAGCUGACUGAAGAGACUGAGCAUAGCGAUGCUACAGACUGGAUACCUGUAUUCCCCACAAGUACUCGAACAACAACUAUAGAAGAUAGCCCUAUAACAACAUAUAGACCAAAAUAUAUAACAACAACUGAGCCGAUUUUGGAUGAAACAACUACUGUUAUUACGGAUAGCACGCCUCAGAAUGUUGAAAUUUCCACCAAAAAGGAGAUAACAAUUACUACGGAAUUCGUGGAAGAAAGCACACAAAUAACAAAUCGUCCAACGUCCCUCGAUGUAAGCACAACUGAAAGUACUAUGCAGGAUUCUGAAAUGUCGACAACGGAAUAUGUUACCCCUAUGCCAAUAGAAACUACCACGAUAGUGGUUACUGUUGCGACAGAGAUAAAUUCUGAAAGAGUUCCUAUUACAAUUUAUACUCCUCCUUAUAAUACCGAAACAGUUUCGACAAUUGAUGUUGAUACUACAACACAAGAAAAUAUUGAGAACAACGAAGUGAUAACACAAGAUAAUAAACCCACAAUUGUGACUUCAUCUACAACGACUACCCAAGUGCCAACAACAACGACGGAAGCAAUUACCAUGCAACCUACGACAGAUACUGCAAUAACAAAAAUGCAAACAACUACAGAAACUAUAACAACAACACAACAGGACGAACGUCUUAUUGAAACUACAAGAGUAACAAAGGAAGAAUACGCAACGGAUAUGACGACAAAAUCAGUGAAUGACUUAGAGGAUCUAACGAGUUUUGCAGGAGACGUUACCACGGAGGCGUCUUCGAGAGUAUUGGAAGAAGAGGCAGGAUCGGGUGCGGCUAUUGCAAUAGCUGUCAGCACGAUUGGUGUCAUUGCUCUUGUUCUAUUAGUUGGAUUACUGUUGAUAGUGCGUCGUCGCGGACGUCGUGGCGUGUAUGCUCAGCGAUGCACCCCGGUCUCCUUGGACGCCUACAGUCUAGAUAGCGUCAGUGUCGGUCAUAGAAAGGGCAACCAUCGACUCCGAGCCAGCAAGCGAAGCUAUGGAAACCCUGCUUACGAUGACGAGGUUACCUCACAUCCGAUGCAGUACGCAGCGCUGGCAAACUUCGCGUUAGAUAUCGAUUCAAUAGUUGCUGAGUUCGCAGAGAUCCCUUCAGUAACAGUUCGCCCGGACGAAGUGCCCCCAGGAUGUGAAGACAAGAACCGAUACUCUAAUGUGCUACCCCUUCCAGAGACUAGAGUUCCAUUGAAGAGGAUCGGAAAUGACCCGACCACAGAGUACAUAAACGCUAAUUAUAUUAUGGGACCCGGCAGUAUUCGAAACUAUUACAUCGCGUGUCAAGCGCCACUGUCCAAUACUGUUACAGACUUCUGGAGGAUGAUUUGGGAACAAAAUUCGCGCCUCAUCGUGAUGCUCACCGAGUAUAUGGAAAAUGGGGUUGAAAAAUGCUAUGAAUAUCUGCCCCCGUCUGAAAUAUCGGACAACAAGAGGACCUUCGGUGAUUACCAGAUUAUUCUCAAAAAGAGAGAACAAAGAGACAAGUACGCCAUAUCCAGCGUACAGCUCAUUAACCUGGCCACGAGAACCUGGAGAGAAGUUACUCACUUGUGGUACUUCUGGCCGGCAAAGGGUGUCCCUGACGAUUAUGAUUCCGUGAUAGACUUUUUAUCGGAAAUGAGGAGUUAUAUGAAGGUCUCACAAACUGCGAAGGAGUAUGAUGAAGAAGGUGUGGAAGUAAUUUAUCAAGACCAAAGCAGAUCAUCUUACCAGAAUCUGUCGAAGUUGCGAAGUGAGGAGAAUGGGUCGAGCAACGGAGUUAACGUGUACUCACCCGCCAAGGCCGAGGAGAUGAUGAGGCGGGUGAACCCAACUAAUGGCACAUUAGGAAAAAUGAAGGCUGCGUCGGAGGUUGAAAGUGUGCGGCCGUGCGUGGCCGUGUGCGCGUCGGGCGCGGGGCGCUCGUGCUGCGUGGUGGCGGCGGAGCUGUGCGCGCGCGCGCUGGCGGCGGGCCGCGCCGACGUGCCGCGUGUGGUGCGCCGCCUGCGCGACCAGCGACCGCACGCGCUCUCCAACCGACACCACUACGUCUUCUUGUACAAGUUGCUGAGCGAAUAUGGCAACAGACUGAUGGGAGGGGGAAUGGAUACGAUUUGAAGAUCUUUUGUCAUUUAGAAAAGUAAAACAUAAGAGAAUUAGGUAUUAAAUUUACCAGUACCCCAGCAAACGUCAAAUAUUUACUGGAAACUUUAAUACAUAGAUAGUGUAGCUGUUAUAUGUUUAUUUUAAGCAUUAGUAUAUCUGUUGUAGUGAAGAGAUUCAUUUGACACACAAUGCAUAAUUAAAGUCGUCUUUCUCGCUCCUAUUUUUAUUGCAUAAUAUAUUUUGGUAAAUAUAAACAAAGAACAUUCAGUCAUGUGCUUCAUUUGAAUAAAUGUUGUAAUCAAUUCUUAAUAAUCAUAACAAGAGUCGUCAAAUAGCUGUCAAUUUUAAUAAACCAGUAUAUACUGCUAGUCUACUGUAAAGAAACUACUCAUAUAUUGAAAUAUAUACCUAAAUAAUAUAACCAUUGUGGUGCUUUUGUCAUAAUUUAUAAGUAUAAAUAGCAUUGGUGUCACUUUAAUAUCGAUCUAGUUUUAUUUAAAAUAAAUAUAUUAAUUUACAUGAUUUAUAUUUUGUAAUAAAA